GUGCAUGUAAGCAAACUGUGUUUUCGUUAUUAGAAUUUUCAAAAACCUAACCUUACUUUGUCUGAUGAUUUGUGAUUGUUCUCCUGAAGUGAAUACUUUUUCGAUUUCAAAUAUUCAUAUAAAUUGUGAAGUGCUGUUACAUCGACAAGAUGAAUAUAACUUCAGCUGCGGGAAUAAUUUCCCUUUUGGAAGAGCCGAGGCCUGAGCUUAAAGUCUACGCCCUCAAAAAGCUCGACAACAUUGUUGAUGAGUUCUGGCCGGAAAUUUCUGAAGCUAUAGAGAAAAUUGAAAUACUGCAUGAAGAUAAGGUGUUCCAACAACACCAACUUGCUGCUUUGGUUGCUAGUAAAGUGUACUAUCAUCUAGGUGCUUUCGAAGACUCUGUUACAUAUGCGUUAGGUGCUGGAGAUCUCUUUGAUGUCAAUGCUCGGUCUGAGUAUGUUGAGACUAUUUUGGCAAAAUGCAUCGAUUACUACACCCAACAGCGAGUUGCUUUGGCUGAAAACUCUCCAGAUAUAAAACCGAUUGAUUCUCGCUUGGAAGCAAUCGUGGAUCGUAUGUUCAAAAGAUGCCUGGAUGAUGGACAGUACAGACAAGCACUAGGACUCGCCUUGGAGACCAGAAGAAUGGACGUUUUCGAGCAGGCCGUGUCUAGAUCCGAUGACGUCAUUGGCAUGCUUACGUAUGCUUUUCAAGUGGCAAUGAGCCUGAUCCAAAACCGCGGGUUCCGAAACACGGUAUUGAGGUCCCUGGUAGGUCUCUAUCGCGGAUUAGAGACGCCAGAUUAUGUAAAUAUGUGCCAGUGUCUCAUCUUCUUGGAGGAUCCUCUGUCAGUUGCUCAAAUCCUUGAUAAAUUGGUGUUAGGACAAGAGGAUAGUCAACUGAUGGCGUAUCAAAUAGCCUUUGAUUUGUACGAAUCGGCGACCCAGCAGUUCCUUGAGCGAGUGUUGGUAGCCUUGAGAAUGACAGCUCCGAUCCCCUCAUUGUUGGAAGAAAAACUUAAACCGAAAACGCCCGCCGCAGAAGGAAAACCUGACGCAGAAACGCCCGCAGAAGCCUCGCCUCAGCCUAAGGAGGUCAAAGAGGAGAAAAGUUUGGAGAGUUUGUGAAUCAGAUCGUGAACACCAGGCUAGAAUAGAAAAAUUGCACACCAUCCUGUCUGGAGAGGUGUCCAUAGAGCUCCACCUGCAGUUUUUGAUUCGAUCAAACCACGCAGAUCUGCUGAUCCUGAAACAGACUAAAGAAACGGUCCGCGUCAGUAUUUGUCACACGGCUACUGUCAUCGCGAAUGCUUUCAUGCACAGCGGUACCACAAGCGACCAAUUUUUGAGGGACAACCUAGAAUGGCUAGCUCGGGCCACAAAUUGGGCCAAAUUGACGGCCACAGCUUCACUGGGCGUGAUCCAUCGGGGUCACGAGCAAGAAGCUUUGACGCUGAUGCAAAGUUACCUGCCUAAGGAAGUGGGGCCUAGCUCUGGCUACUCAGAGGGCGGUGGCUUGUACGCAUUGGGGCUCAUCCAUGCCAAUCAUGGGGCCAACAUCAUAGAUUAUCUGUUGGGACAGCUGAAGGACUCGCAGAAUGAGAUGGUGAGACACGGCGGAUGUCUGGGCCUGGGCCUUGCCGCGAUGGGCACCCAUCGGCAGGACGUUUACGAGCAGCUGAAGUUCAAUUUGUACCAAGACGAUGCUAACACUGGCGAAGCGGCCGGUAUCGCCAUGGGCAUGGUCAUGCUGGGCUCAAAGAACGCGUCGGCAAUCGAGGAUAUGGUCGCGUACGCACAAGAGAGCCAACACGAAAAAAUCCUUCGCGGUCUGUCGGUCGGUAUCGCGUUUACAGUCUACGGUAGACUCGAGGAAGCUGACGAAUUGGUCGAUCGCCUAUCGAAAGACAAAGAUCCGAUUUUGAGGAGGAGCGCCAUGUACACUCUCGCCAUGGCCUACUGCGGCACAGGACACAACAAGGCGGUCAGGAAGCUGCUACACGUUGCCGUGUCGGAUGUGAACGAUGACGUGCGACGAGCUGCCGUGACAGCCCUUGGAUUUCUACUUUUCCGGU